AACCACUAUAUAAACAACAACACACACACUCACACAACAACCAAACAUGGUGAGUUUGUUCUAUUAUUUCUUCCUCUUUCCCUUACUAGCCGUAUCCACCACCACCUCCUCCUCCGCGGCGGCCCUGCCACUAUCCACCGAGUCACGGUGGAUAGUGGACCAAUCAGGCCACCGCACGAAGCUGGCGUGCGUGAACUGGCCGUCGCAUCUGGAGGUGAUGGUGGCGGAGGGGCUGAGCAAGAAGCCGGCGGAGCAGAUAUCAUCGGAGAUUAUCGACUUAGGAUUCAACUGCGUUAGGCUAACUUGGCCACUCUUCUUGUUCACAAAUGACACAUUGGCUUCUCUUACAGUCAGACAAUCUUUCAAGAACCUCGGACUCUUCGAAGCCAUCGCAGGUUUACAAAUCAACAAUCCUUCCAUCAUUGAUCUCUCUCUCAUCAAUGCUUACAAGGCAGUGGUGGGCAGUCUUGCUAAGAAAAAUGUGAUGAUAAUCCUAGACAACCACACAAGUAAGCCUGGUUGGUGCUGCAGCAAUUUUGAUGGUAAUGGUUUCUUUGGAGAUGUGUAUUUCAACCCGGACCUCUGGAUCAAGGGCCUAACCCGGGUCGCCACCAUCUUCAACGACACCCCAAAUGUCGUCGCCAUGAGCUUGAGGAACGAGCUCCGCGGCUCUCGACAAAACGUCGAUGACUGGUACAGGUACAUGCAGAAAGGAGCAGAAGCAGUGCACGCAGCAAACCCGAAUGUUCUAGUCAUUCUAUCCGGGCUGAACUACGACAGGGACCUCUCGUUUCUUCUCAAGAAGCCCGUCAGCCUGAGUUUCUCGAAUAAGCUGGUGUUUGAGCUGCACUGGUAUGGCUUCUCGGAUGGGGAGGCGUGGGAGAAUGGGAACUUGAACCAAGUGUGUGGGGCACGGGUGGGUGAGACGAUGAGGAAGGCGGGUUUCCUUCUGGACCAAGGCUACCCCUUGUUCCUGAGUGAGUUCGGCGUUGACAUGAGGGGCACUAAUGUCAAUGACAAUAGGUACUUGAACUGCUUCAUGGGAUGGGCAGCUGAACUGGAUUUGGAUUGGGCACUAUGGGUUCUCACAGGUAGUUACUACUUGAGAGAAGGGGUAGUCGGAUUCGACGAAACUUACGGAGUUUACAACUGGAAUUGGUGUGGUGUCAGAAAUCAAACCAUUCUCCACAAGAUAUCAGCUCUCCAGUAUCCAUUUAAAGGGCCGGGCUAUUCAGAAGCGCGUCUCCACCAAGUGAUUUUCCAUCCUAUGACGGGGCUGUGUGUGAAGAGGCUGUCGUUGGUGGAUCCCCUCGUCUUAGGUCCAUGCUCUGAGGCCGAAUCGUGGACCUACACUCCCCAGAAAACCCUGACGAUAAAAGGAACAUAUUUCUGCCUUCAAGCAGACAAGUUAGGGAAACCUGCAAAACUCGGGGUAAUAUGCAGUUAUGCCAGUUCAAAAUGGGAAGCUAUCUCAGACUCUAAGAUGCAUCUAUCCUCGAAACUAAAAGAUGGUUACGAUGUAUGCUUGGACAUUGACUCGGACAACAACAUAGUCACAAAUAACUGCAAAUGCUUGGAUAAAAACAGCAGGUGUGAUCCAGGGAGUCAAUGGUUCAAGAUCAUAGACAGCACCAGAUGUGGAGCUGAUAAUAGCUUACCGGAGAUCAGCUCGAUUGUGAAGCUUAUAUCAAAGAAUCUUCUAGCAAGUUUCAGCUUAUGAACAAAUCAAACGACAUCCAUGAAACAUCCAGACAUGUUAUAGAGAUAACAAACUGACAGAGGAUGAUGAUGCUUCGCCCGUAGCAAGAAACUAAUAAUGAACUCACAUACCACAAAUACCUUACAUUCUUACUUAUUGUAUGAUUGCCAGAUUGCAAUCACAAAUAACUGCGGCUCCACAGAGCACCUUUCGAUUAUAAUAUAACCCUGAUUUUCUUUCUGCA